AUGGUAUAUAAGACCACUGAGGCCGGAAGUGGCUUUAUCUUUGGCUUUGAGUGCUGGCCGCUCUUUCUCAUUAUUGUCAUCAUGUAUUCUCCUGGAGCAGAGUUAAUGCCUGUAAGGAUUGUAAAUGAACAUCAGUGUGCCAUCCAAAAGUUUGUUGAUCUGCCAUUAAUCAGUUCUACUUAUGAGUGGGUUUCGUCUACCUAUAAUUUUGCCAAGCAGUCUCAUCCAACUAUCCAAGCAGUCUUUGAGAUGGCAGAGACGGGUGUGAAGAAUAUUGCAAGCAGCACAGAGCCUCUUCUCGACAUAUUUGAACCACAACUUUCUAUUGCAAAUAUGUUUGCGUGUAGGCUACAACACAAAUUUCCUAUUGUGCAACAGACAGUGGACCAGAUCAUGACAAAUGCCAUUGAAUCUAUUUAUACCAAAUUAACUGAAGCAAAGGAUAUUAUGGAUACCAUGCUAGAUAUAGGCAUUGAAGCUGCCGCGGAGAGCGUGGAAGUGACAUUGUGUUCAGUGAGGAAUGCUGUAAACACUAUGAUGGAAAUCAACAUGGCACAGAUGAUGGCCAGUAGUGUUGACAAGAUGAUCUUCAAAUCGGAUGACUUACUAGAGCGCUUUCUGCCAAUCACGGAUGAGGAAUUUUUUGCCAUUGCAUUUUCGGACCGCUCUGGAGCAGCCUCUCUUGAAAACCAGAAAGAAGACCCAAGUUACUACAGGCGCCUGGGUUCCUUGUCAAUCAAGCUCUGUAGUCGAGCCUACCAACAUUCUCUGAUAAAGAUCAAACUGGGUGCACAGCAAGCAUUGUUCCAGCUUGAACAGCUCUUUUACUUGCUAAAAUAUACCAAGGAGGAAUUGAACUACAAAGUUCAUAGAGGUCAAGAAAAAAUGUACCAAAUGUGGAAGGAAUGGUACAAAGGUCAACCUAAGCAGGAUCAGAGCAGUGAAGCAAAUCAGGCAGAGAUGGAAUCUCGUGCUCUAGCCACAUCUUACAAUGUUGCACAGAAGAUGCAGGAGGUAUGCCAGAAUGUCUUAACUAACAUGCAGAGCCUUCCUCAACAUCUUCAAGAAAAAAUCCAACAGGCUCAGUGUGAUUUAAAAGAGCUGCAAACUGUCCUCUCUACUGCCACAACCUUCCAGGAUCUUCCCAGUGGCUUCCUGAAAGAGACCCCAGAAAAAAUUAACAAGGCCAGGAAGGCUCUGUUUGAAGUCAUGGAAUAUAUAGCUAAAUACACUUGUCUGCCAUGGGUAGAAGGACCCUAUUGUCCUGUUGAAUAUUCAGCAGAGGAAGCCAUAAAACACAAUAACAUAUAUUAGUUCUUUACUAUUAAUGAUCCAUGAAACAGAAUAACAUAUAUUAAUUCUUUACUAUUAAUAAUAUUGAGAACUGGUGUCUUCAACAAAGGCAUUCCUUGGACAAGAUUUAGGUGGCAAGGGUCUUGGAGAAGGAGAGAAAUUAAUAAAUGGAUUGACCUGUUUAAAGUAAUUAUUAACCACUUUCAUAAUGUGCAUG